UGUUUGUAAAGCGCAAUGAAGUGCUUUCUUCGAUUUGUUUGUGAAGAUUUGACUGACAAGCGUCCUUUGAUUUGGGGUUAAAUAAUUUCUGUGAAUCAAAACAGCAAAAUGUGCAAGUAUCUGGAUACAAUAUAAACUUCCUCGGGAAUCAUUGUAUGCGGGAUUUUACAGGCAAACCCGCAACUUUAACUUGCUUAGACCUACGUAGUUCAUCAUGGCGGACUCAAGCAAAGAGUUGGAAGAAAAUAUCGAGGUCUCGACGUUUACCAGCGAAAAUUCGUUUAUCAGAAGGACAAUCAAAAAUAUAGUUUCCGGGACAUUUAGUGGUAUUGCUGUUUGUUUGGUAGGCCAUCCGUUUGACACUCUAAAAGUUCGUCUUCAAACACAACCUGUUGACCGGCCAGUCUACAAGGGACUCUUGGAUUGUUUCGUGAAAACAAUGAAAUGGGAAGGAAUUGGAGGAUUGUAUAAAGGUGUCGGUAAGUGAUAAACGCAAUUCCUAAUGAUCAUAAAAAUGAUCUGGCUGAACAUAACCCGUUUCACAGAUGACACGCAAAAUUGAAAAUUUCGUACGUAUUUUUCAUUUAUCAAAAAAACCACCACCAGAGACCGAACUUGGUAAAAAUGAGUUACACAGGGAUUCGUCGCAAACCAAAGGAGAAAUUAGCUCCUUAACAAGCGAAUUCUUACAAGGAAAUGUAUGGCGUGGCCUCGUGACGGGCAGUCAGUAAUUGCCUUCAAGCCAUACAUUUCCUUUUCCCCAUUUCAUUUUCUUUUCUCUGCCUUUUCCCCAAAUUGCAGGCCCUAUAUCUCUGUUAGUUUACAACAAAUUCUCACGAAAGUUUGGAGUUUUAUUAAAUUCUACAUGAUAAAUCGAACUAAAGCGGUGUUUUUAGGCGUAUAUGCAAAACAUUACUAAUUGCAAAUAUUGCGUGACAUCUGCGAAACGGGUUAUUGUGAAUGUCUAUAAGCCACAACCGGAAAUACGUCUGUGUUUGAAGACUGGGCUAUUUUAACUUAAACGGUAAAAAAGGAGGUCCGAUUACCAGUUAAAAGGGUCCUUUUGGAAACAGAUUACUUCUUCAAAUUGGGCCACAUCAUCGUGUGGAUCUGUAAUAGUUUUAUGUUGGUAGCUUGAAAUAGUCAUCAUCUGGCUUCAUUGUUACUAUGAAAGGAUCAGUCAAUAAUAUUUUAGGUCACUGUUUGAAGGACUCCAGAUGAAAAACUCAACAACACUCCACCUCUGGCCCCAGUUGUUUAAAAGGGGGAAGACGUUAUCCACUGUAUAAAUUUAUCAUUAUGACGGGGACAUUGGGGUUUACAGUAUUGCUGUGCAGUAUUGAGUUUUUUUUGGUAAUUUUGAUGUUAAUGUGUAGUAUUGGGGUAUCAUCAAGCCCUGUGGUGUGCUACUUUUAUCCUUUUGGCUGAUAUAAUCACAAGUGCCCUGUCGCAGAGACAUGAGUUUUAAUCAAAGACAGUAGGCGGAGAUAACUUGAAUCAACUGUAUUGCUUUGAACCAAAGAGAAUUGCAUUGAACAAUGAAUGCAUAAAACAAUGGCGGUUGAAGAGAAAAGCUAAGCGAAGAACAAAACCAUGUGCUUUUUCUCCAGGACUUAUCCUAACUGACAAGACGGCUGACCGCAAACAAUAACAAGCUUAUUUAUUAGCAAACAAAGGGACGACUGUUCAUAUGACUAGAGUCUUAAGAGUCUAUUCGACAUACCCGAAGCUCACGAGUGAUACAAUAUGGGGGGUAGAGAUAUUACCUCAAAUAUUAAGUUAUUCACUGGCAGCACCCUGCUGAAUGGGCAGGUGCACAACUCCGACAAUGCAAUCAGUCUCAAAUCCAAUCUGGACAAAUUAGUUCAAUGGGAAACAUUGUGGCAAAUAAUAUUGUCUUCAACCUGUUUGAAAUGCUACGUUCUACGAGUUUGCAGAACCAAGAAUCCUUUGAUCUAUCCCAACACUAUGCUAGGCCAAACCCUGUCACAGUCUGCGGACCACCAACCUCAUCUUGGAGUUAAUCUAUCAAAUCUAUUAUGAUUUGAACUGGAUGACACAUAUUCUAAACAUUAGAAAUAAAGCUUAUUUGGCACUUUGUCAAGAGGAACUUAUAUAUCAUUGCCCACAUUUGGUUAAAGAUCAAGCCUACAAAAUCACUAGUGAGACCAAUGUUGGAAAUUAUUCAUAUGGUAGUACUGUAUGGGGUCUGUAUAGUGCAUAUCAGAAAUCUUGGCUAGGACAGGUCCAGCACAGGGCAGCAUGUUUCAUAACAAGAACGUAAGUGAAAGAGGAGGAAUGUGUAACCAAUGCCCUAAAGCAACUAAAUUGGCCAACUCUCGAAAACAGAAGUCAAGUACAGCUAAACUGACAUUGAUGUACAAAUGUUUUUCCAACCAGGCCACUUUUGAUAUCCCCUGCUAUGUGCAACAUCAGUCCUCCCUUAAACCAGGGCAUCUCAUCCACUGAAAUUUAUUCCACUUGAGCCAUCCUAUGACAUGUAGAAAUACAGCUUUGGGCCAAGAACUAUCACUGACUGGAAUAGCCUGCCACCUGACUAUUUAUCAAUAGAUUUAACUGCAAAAUUCAAAGCCACCAUCUCUGACUGCAUUUUCCCACUGUAAUGCUUGUCCCUUCCUAUUUAUUGUUUUUUUAUUUUUAUUUUUUAAUGUAAUUGUGAGAAUUGCUGCUCUAUAACAGAAAUGUUGUAAGUUAUAGGGUUUGUAUUAGGAUUUUAGCAAUCGUUAUUUAGAGCACCAAAAUUGAAGUAAAAGUACAUUAAAAACUUUCUAUGGUAUUAUUUUUUAGCUUUUCUGGCUGUUUUAGCAUGAUACUAGUGAGUAUUACAAGUAGUUCUGCCAUUGCUCUCUCUCUAUAUAUAUACCCUUGUAUAUAAUAAAUUAUAUACUAGAGCCCGCCUAGCAAAAAAAAACAUCCUAGGUAGCCCUGAAACACUGAACCCAGUGCCUUACAGUCCCCUCCCCCCUCCUACUCAGACUAGAACAUGAAAAUAUGAAAGAAAGAUUAAUAUAAUAGAUACUGUACCGCAAAUAGUCCUUAUAGCAUAUGCAUCCUCAAACUGGUGCCUGCUAUUCAUACUGCAUGUUGAUCAUCUUUGUUAAAAUUUACUGUUCCCUAUAAUUGUAGCUUGGUUAUAUCCAGGCUGGCUUGGCUUUUGCCUUAAUUCCUCAUUGCCAAGAUCUCAGUUGCUCAAACUUAUAUUGGCAAGCAGGCUAGUCGUCUUCUCAUAUAAACACAACAAAAUUUAUAAGGAGAUAAGGCAUGAGCUGAGCCAGCCAAGUAAUGUGGGCCAGCCCUACUAACCAGGCUGACUCACUGAUCUUUACUUACUUAUAAGGUGGGGCGGGAGAAAAUAAAACAUGAUCAUUUGAUGAUUGUAAGCCACAAUGAGAAAUGCUGAGGUCCAGAACCUAUUUUAGAAACAAUGCCGACUCUGGAUAAGCAUAAAUUUAAAGGUCCUUUGGGGAGAAGUUCCCUACGCUAAGCUCAGUCUACAAUAAUCCAAAGCAUGCUAUUAAUUUGCAUUGCUCAUCAAUAUCACCUUGUAACUGUUAUGGUAAAAGAAAAAAUAUAAGUAUAAAAUAUCCCAUAGUUGAACAUUAUGACUGUUAGGAAAGCUCCAAAAUGAAGAAUCUGAUGUGUUCACACCUCUUCUAAGAAGGGACCCCCUGUGGUUUGAUUAUCCUAAGACACCACCUCCCGUAUUAGCAGCCACUAAAUCUUCGCUUUUUUGGUGGUUGCUUAUAGGGGGUUUGACUGUAUUCAAACAUUCAGGCCAUACCCCUGGCUCUGGUUUUGACAUUUCAGAUCUGGGACUCAAUUCAGGUCCCAUGAGCAUGUUAAUGAGAACCCUUGAUGCAUGCAAGUUUAUAAGGGUUUGUUUGGGAAUUUUAGUGAUCACUAUUUAGCCUAAAAUAGUAAUUUUUGGUUGUUUACGAGCAAUUUAUCGAGAAAAAAAAAACAGUGGCAACCAUUGAGAAUACUGGCCUGUUUCUUAUGAACAGUCUUUUUAAUCACUGCAGGUUCACCUAUUGUUGGUCAGAUGUUUUUUAGAGCAACUCUUUUUACAUCCUAUUAUCAGGUUAGUCAGUUGUUGCUGCUUGUUUUAAGUUAUAUCUAGAGCACAAAGACUAAAGUCAAUGCAAAACCUAGGCCUGCAACUCACUGACUCAAAGGUGCUAGAUUGUUUUUAGGAAUUACCAGUAUAUCGAACUUGCUGGUUAGAGGGUUAUUCGCCUGGACAACAUUCCUCUUCCUUAAUUUGGACUGAGUAUCUCCCCUCCUACCCCAACCUUAACAUCAGUUACCAGCAAAUCUUUUGUCAUAUAUCUUUUGUCGUACCUUGGUAGUGCUGUGGAAUUCAUCCUCACCUGAUUAUUUAAACACUCAAAUUAACAUUUUUUUAUUUAGAUAAAAUUUUUUUCUCAGACAAUAUUUUAUAGACAGUACAAAUUAACCUUGCAUUCUUUAGCUGUCAGCAUGCAAUGAUGAAUUGGCUCAAUAGAAAUAUUUGUGUGGGUAUUUGUUUGUGUUGUGGUUGUUUUUGUUUUGACAGAUUAUGACCACUUUUACUGCCAAACUCUACACAAGAUACAGCUGUAGCCAAGUACAAUAUUGACUCAAACCAUGCUUCUGUAUUAUUAGAAGUGAUUUAAUUUAUCUUUAUAAUAAUUUGGCACAGAAUGCCAGUAAUGCCCCUUCCCAACCAAUAAUGCACUCAUAUUAUGGACAGAGCUAAAACUGGUUCAUUUGUCAUACAGAUUACUGCAUUUUUUGCUGGGAAGGAUCGCCAAGGCCAGCGACUUUCUUCUCCAGAGUACUUCCUUUGUGGUAUGUUUACAGGUGCUGUUGCUGCAUUGGUUGAAGGUCCAAUUGAUUUGGUAAGAUAAUUUUCAAAUAAGCUUUUCUUUCACUGCUUUUAAUUAUAACUUUCACCAAAACCCAUGCAUUUUAAAAUUCUGUCUUGUCAUAAUCAGGUUUUAUUUCAUUAAGGCUGGUUUUCACUAGCAACUGAGUUGUAGUCGGAGUUGUAAGAGUGCUUAUGACCUAGUGAAAAUCAAAAAUCGGAGUCGUAAGCAGAGUCAUAAGCGUGACAGAAUCGAAGUCAGAAGAAGAAUCAGAACGUUUCCAUUUCUUCCGGCUUCACGGACGACUUAGGUUCCACUUAUGAUCUAGCGGAAACCAGAUUGUCGGAGUCGGAGGCAGAAGUGGAAGGAUAAACCUAUCACAAUGCACGUUCCCAUGCUUUGUGAUUGGUUUAGUUCUUCCACUUCUGCUUCUGACUCCCACAAUCUGGUUUUCACGGGAUCAUAAGGGGAAUGUAAGCGAUGGAGUCGUAAGGGGAAUCGGAAUGCUGUUUUCACUAGAUCGUAAGCUCUACACUUCUGAUUACAACUGCGACUCUGUCGCUAGUGAAAACCAGCCUUUACCUUUUCUUUGACUUGUCAAGUUGAGUUUAUAAUUGACUUAACCGUGGGUGCAAUGAUGUUUUUUGACAUUAAAUGAAGCCAAUAAAAUUUCAAGUUGUGGGGAAUUGAACAGCUGGCCGAGAUUCUUUUGGUUUAAUUUUCAUUUUGUUUCCUCUGUAGCCAGGGAUAAUGUUCAUUUUAGCCUGGGGAAAUCCCUCACCAUGGUGUACUUCUGAUUUUCAAGUAUGAGCCAAGAAUACAAACCCAUGAUGUCUAAAUCUUGUUAUUUUUCUUUUCCAGCCUGUACAGAGAUGUUGUUUUAUUUUUCUUUUCAUUCUUCCCACACCCUACCCCCAUGCACUGGCAGUCACUCAAUCCCCCACAGUUUUUAGUUUUUAUCACACCCACUCGACAGACUUUGAAGAUAAAAUAGAGGGUCUGUAAACAGGCUAUUCUAUUUGUACUAGCCUGAUUUUAAUAAGCCACAUUGUACAGGCAGCCCAGACUCUAUAUGGGAGUUCAAUGGAAUUUGAAUUUUAUAAGAAAAGAAACAAAUGCAUUGUAGGUUCCAUUUUUUUGAAAAAUUUGCAAUGAAUGUGACUCAACUUGUGUUUGUGUUAUGUGUUUUACUGUCUGUUUGCUUCUAGAGCCAUUUGCAAGCCGUUUUAUUGAGUUAAUGGCUUCCAAGGCAGUAAAACACAUGGUACAAACACAAGUUGAGUCAUUUUUUUAUUUGCAAAUGUUUUUCAAAAAUUGUGGUCAUAUUUUGUUUCUUUUCAUACAUUCUCUUAUUAAAUUCAAAUUCCAACAAACUCCCAUAUAGAGUCUGGGCUGCCAAGCCCAGUGUAUAAAUGACUGAGAUGAAUCUGGUUGACCACUCAGUACUCCACUGUACAGGUUGUAGUUGACUUGGUGAACUCAAAGUGCCUAACACCAAGCAUCUACAACCCUGGGAACGGGAAACAUUUUUUUUCAUAAAUUGAUUUGUCAGUCCCACGUUUCUGGUAUCUCCAGGCUAAGCAAUCACUGGACAGUUAGUAUCAAAGGACUUCAUUUCCCUUCGCCCAAUCCUUCCAGCAUAUGUUGUCAGCCCUUUAAGAGCUAUCUGGACUUGAUUUUGGCAAACAGAGUUUGCGUUCAGUUUGCUUUCAAUAAAUUGAAAUAUAUAACAAUACAACAAAUCCCACCCUCUAACAUAAAAACCUUCGUUUAACUACUGCCCUCCUGAAAUUCCAAUUUAGGUUUUAACACCUUUUGUUUGAUAAGACCACCAUUAAAAUACAGUAUUUUAACCAAUAUCCAGUCAUCCUGACUGAGCAAGCUUACCUUGGUCAGUAAAGGAUUUACUGUAUGGCCAAAGAAAAUGUUAUCCAAUGAGACAAAGUGGCUAAUCCUUACUAAUCCUUAGUAGCCAAGAGGGACCACUUGGGUAGCAAUUUACCGUGCAGGAUUCCCAGCUCCGUUUUUUUUUCCCAAACCCCCACCCCCUUCGAGCAGACAAAAGAGGCCACUUGGUAGCAGCUUACCAAGCAGAAUUCCGUCCUCUUUUUUCUUUCCACCACCCCCACCAUUCGUAGAGUCCCCCAAAGAGCUUGCUCACAGGCAAACCAGUUUCAUGAACAAACUGUCAUCAGUCAAGCGAGCAAUGUCUUUCAAAAGCUCACUUGUUGAAAACGUUGUGCGCUUUGUUUUCCCACAGUUUAAGUCAAAAAUGCAGAUUCAGAUUAUCCGAGCAAAGUCGGGGGAGCCGGUCAUGUACAGGAAUGUCUUUCAUGCUGCAUAUGUUAUAGUUAAGACUCAUGGAAUUCGUGGAGCUUAUCAAGGCCUGCCUGCUACAUGGCUUAGGAAUAUCCCAGCAAAUUCUGCCUUCUUUGGUGAGUUGCAUGGUUCAAUCAAACAGGUCCAGACAGCCUUUUUUAAUUUUGAGUUUUAAACGCUGUUCACUGAUUCCUAAGCAAGAGACCCAUUCUUGUAAAGGACCUAUCCCUAAAAUCCCUCUGUGAAUACCUUUAGAAAAUCCCGUGUUGAUGUUUUAGUCAAACACUCUUCACAAUGGUUUGAGUGAUAAAUUUGCCUACUGUUGUAUGUGAUUUGUAUCUGAUUUUAACGUGGGCUCGUCCGUUGCCAUGCCGUGUGAAGGUAGCCUAAACCCUUUUGCUUUUUUUCCGUUCUCGUCAUCGCCUCAUCAUUAUGUCAAGCACUUAAAGAGCCAGUUUGUAAGUUAUAUUGUUUCUUCCUACAGGCUUCUAUGAACUAAGCCGUACUAUGGCGAUACCCGAGGGAGGAACAGUGUUUGAUGUGUCUCCCAUGGCAUUGCUAGCAGCAGGGGGAACAGGGGGAUUCCUAUAUUGGUUCCUAACAUAUCCCACGGAUGUUGUCAAGUCAUCUAUGCAAGCAGACGACUCCGUUGUGGAAAAGAGACGAUACAAGAGUAUACGAGACUGUAUAAAGCAACUUUACCAUAACGAAGGUGGCUGGAAAAGAUUCUACAGAGGGUUCACACCUUGUCUGAUGCGUUCUGUUCCUGCAAAUGCCACGCUAUUUUUUGUAGUUGAAACAAUGAGGAAAUAUUUACCACUGUAGACAUGUCGACACUUAACUUAGGCUAUAUUCACACUAUACCGGAUAGCUAGCUAUUCCUCCCGGCGCGAAAAUGAUACCGGAUAUAUAAGACUUCUCUUCACACGUAAGGACGGUGAUUUGUGCGCGAUUUAUACUGUAACAAAGCGAAGCUGCCGCCGCGCGCCGAUCUCGAAAAUUGGAGCGUCACAUAUCGGAUAGCUUCAGUGCCACAAUUUGAUGUGGUGUGACCAGGUAUUCGGACCGUAGCGGAAGUGAAUAAGUAGGAAAGAGAACUGGAGUCCACUGUGAGGGAAGUAAAUAUUCAGGAGUGAGGAUUAGGAUGUAGAGAGCCAAACCUUCUCAGCCACCCGCUCUGGGGCCCGUUUCUCGAAGGUCCCGGUAACUUUACGGGCCCGAAAUCAAAUAUUCAAAUCGAAAUAUAAAGAAUAAGAGCGCGGGUCCUGGCUAGCAAACUACUCCAUUUUGUUUCAUUAACUGACAGUUUUAUCAUGUUAGAUGCAAAACUAUUGAAAACUCGAUCUUUAAUGUAAACGGAGACAGCUUACCGGGCCCGUUAAUUAUCGGGACUUUCGAGAAACGGCCCCCUGGUACGAUGUUCGAUGUAUGUGAACAACUUGUUCCAGUUCAUUGCCGUUGCUGUUCGUACUAUACAUAUUGGCUAGCUUUUCUUGCCGCGUGUAUAGCGGUGUGAACAUAGGCUUACUAUCAAUAUCAGUGGCGGAUCCGGGGGAGGGGCACGGGGGGACCUGGCCCCUUCCCCCUUAUUUUUAGACCACCGAAAAAAAAGUUUUUACACCGGACCUCCCUUAUCUCAGGGUCUGGAUGACCGCCCCCCCCCCCCCCCCCUCCCCCCUUUUUUGGGAAGGUCUGGAUUCGCCACUAAAAAUGACUUGUACAACUUCUUACACUGAUUUUUCAAUUAUGAAUGCUGGUUUUGAAAAAGCAUAGACAAAGCACAACUUAGCGUAAAUUACUUCUAUAUGCUCCUCCAUGUUCAUUAGUAAAGUUUCUCAAACGCACUAGUUGAAUUUCAAGGGCGGCUGCAAUGGCGGAAUAUGAAAUAAUUUUUAUAAUACAAUAUAAUAAGAGAAAAACUUUAAAUAAGAAUUAUCAAAUCAUAUGCGUGUACGGUGUCACUAUUUGAGAUAUCGUCGUUGGAAACGCUAUAAUAAAUGUUUUCCAAUUUAACAAAGGGAUAAAGCUACGAAUGCAGGAAAAAUUCAAAGCAACACCCUCUUAAAUCGACCUCUUUUCUUACUCUCACGUUUUAUAUUUUCAACAUCGUUUAUUUUAGGCAGCGGGUAAAAAAAAAGCUUCGCAAGGCUUUAGGCGGCCGGCCCCGUCCAUAAGUUUCCGGAUAUUUUUGAAAACGGAGAACUGAUUUUUUUCUCUCCGUUUUCUAAAAAGAUACGCGUCAGCACGUGGCGCAUUCGAAUCGUUUCACCGGUCCACAUCAAAACGCUAAAACAAUGGAAUAGCAACGAUAGCAUUCCCUACAAGGCGUGCGCUGUAUGAUGAACAUUAUUAAAAAACCCUCCGUUUCACACGAAAACGAUAAGUCGGCUGUUAAAAAAAACUCCACUCUGAGGACUGUUUUCGAAAACCUGCGUUUUUGGUGCGCGAAGAAACUGUUUACAUGUAGAGGGAAGGCUAAAACGGAGCAAAAAAUCUUCGUUUUCAAAAAUAGCCGGAUACGUGUGCAAGGGGCCUUGGGUUUAGG